AUGCCGGCCAAGUACGCCGCGGUAAAAGCCCAGCUCGAGUAUACCAUAUGGGUAGAGGAGGAGCUCAUACCUCUCCUUAUAGACGCCUACGGAAAGCCUGCCAGAUACUGGCGACAAGCGGCGAAGAAUGCGGAGCAGAGCGUUGAUAAACUGCCAGUCUACGAGGAUUUCGACUCCACAGUGGAGCGGAUCCGUCUCCUUCUCAUUAAUAAAGACAUCCUGACACGGGCUGAAAUCAAAGACUUCGGAUGGAUCCGGACCAAGUGGCCUUGGUGUGUCGGCGUCCUUGUGCGACACGCACUCAACCAUGGAUCAUACCCGCUGGCAACUUUGGAUAAAGAUCCACAUCCCGAUCAUGUCCGUCAGAAGGUCAAGAAGCCAGAGGAUCAAGAAAUAUACGUCUAUUGCGGGAGACUGGCGAUAGAUGACGAUGUGCGCCCUGAAGAUAGCUUCAAACAUAAGAAGAAGAAGACGCGCAAGUCUCACUGGCGCCAGGGUGACAAGCAGAGCGAGCAUGAUGCUUUCGAGCCAAUGAAGUCGCCCCAAAACGACACCCAGGAGCAUACUGUCGACGAAGCGGUAUCGAAGAAGGAGCUGACUUCUGUGCCGGAGCGUUUGGGAGUCACGGGUGUGGAGAACCGUCCUGCGAGCGAGCUUGGCGGUAACCUGCCUGUUCCUGUCCAUCAGCUCCCGCCACGUCCCCAGUUCGGAAAUCACGGCCUGAUAGACCCUUCUCAUUCGAAGAAGAAUGCCAGGCUGCGUGUGUAUCCGCAGUGGGGUAUCAGACCUAUGUUGGAGCACAGUGAGCAGUCUUCAUACAUCCCGAACCACGGUGGCUUCCCAAAUGGCCCAGUAAGCCAGCCCUAUAUGUACGGCAACAGUAUAUCGAACAACAUGGGCCGGGGUGGUUUCCCGGCACCUCCACAUCAGCCUGGUCCAUUCGGUCAGCCCUUCCAGCAUAACGGCAUGCCUUCACAAGUGCUAGGCAAUCAAAGCUUCCCGCCGCCUUAUCAGUAUGGUGCAUACGGUCAGUCCUACCGAGAGUAUGGAGCCGAUAUACCAGCACCUCAUCAGGUCAAUGGCAGCUUCCACGCACCCUACCAACACAGCACACCUGUCCCACCAACACCUUCUUAUGCUCUCGCAAAUCAAGGCAUGCCCGCUAUGUCGAGCGAAUAUCAUCUUCGCUUUGAAGCAGAUGAGUUUGUACCAGAGUUUCAGGGUCGUCGCUUCUAG